UUGCGCGCGCUCUGUCGCCUGGAGCCCGGGGCCGGCCUCGCCUCCCAUGGUGCUGGCCGCAGCCAUGAGCCAGGACGCGGAUCCCAGCGGCCCGGAGCAACCCGACAGAGAUGCCCGCAGCGUGCCGGGUGCUCCCGCGCCCCCCGCGGCCCCCGCGCCCACAGGCCCGCGAGGGAUGCCGCCGCCGCCGCCGCCGCCGCCCCCGGCCGGCCUGCCGCAGAUCAUCCAAAAUGCCGCCAAGCUCCUGGACAAGAACCCGUUCUCCGUCAGUAACCCGAACCCUCUGCUCCCUUCGCCCGCCAGCCUGCAGCUGGCCCAACUGCAAGCCCAGCUCACCCUCCACCGGCUGAAGCUGGCACAGACAGCGGUCACCAGCAAUACUGCCGCCGCCACGGUCCUCAACCAAGUCCUCUCCAAAGUGGCCAUGUCCCAGCCUCUCUUCAACCAGCUCAGGCAUCCGUCUGUGAUCAGCGCCCCCCAGAGCCAUGCUGCGACGGUGCCCAGUGCCCGGUUUCCCUCUAAUGCAAUUGCCUUCUCACCCCCCAGCCAGACGCGAGGCCCGGUGCCCUCUGUGAGCCAACCCCCUGGUGCCGUGGUGAUGCACCCUUUCAGUGGGGUUUUGCCUCAGACCCCUGCCCAGCCAGCGGUCAUCCUGGGCAUUGGCAAGACCGGGCCUUCUCCGGCUGUGGCAGGGUUCUGUGACUAUGGCAAGGCCAGCACCGGCCAGGCAUAUGGCUCUGAAACAGACAGUCAGCCCAGCUUCCUGCCAGCCACGGCCUCCACCACGGGCAGUGUGACCUAUGAAGGGCACUACAGUCACUCAGGGCAAGAUGGCCAGGCUGCCUUUCCCAAAGACUUCUAUGGACCCAACUCCCAAGGAUCGCAUGUGGCAGGUGGAUUUGUGGCCGAGCAGGCCGGGGCCAUGAAAGGUGAGGUAGGUCCUCUGCUGCAGGGUCCAAACAGCCAAUGGGAGAGCCCCCACGGAUUCUCUGGCCAAAGCAAGCCCGAUCUUACAGCAGGCCCCAGCCUGUGGCCUCCACCCCCCAGCCAGCCCUAUGAACUCUAUGACCCCGAGGAGCCCACCCCAGACAGGACCCCUCCUUCUUUUGGGGGUCGGCUAAACAACAGCAAACAGGGUUUCAUCGGUGCCCGGAGGCGGGCCAAGGAGGAGCAGGCGAUGCUGUCGGUGCGGCCCCUGCAGGCUCAUGAGCUGAACGACUUUCACGGUGUGGCUCCCCUUCACCUGCCACAUAUCUGUAGCAUCUGCGACAAGAAGGUGUUUGAUCUGAAGGACUGGGAACUGCAUGUGAAAGGGAAACUACACGCUCAGAAAUGCCUGGUCUUCUCUGAAAACGCUGGCAUCCGGUGUAUACUCGGUUCAGCAGAGGGAACGCUGGGUGCCUCUCCCAACAGCACGGCUGUUUAUACUCCUGCUGGGAACUCUGAAGAUUAUGUCUCAAAUCUUGGAUCAUCGUAUGCGGCCAUUCCAGCAAGGUCGUUUGCUCAGUCAAAUCCUGCAUUUCCUUCAGCUUCCCCGGGGACAAACUUUGCACAGCGGAAAACGGGUGCUGGCCGCGUGGUGCACAUCUGCAAUCUCCCGGAAGGAAGCUGCACAGAAAAUGACGUCAUUAACCUGGGGCUGCCCUUUGGAAAGGUCACUAAUUACAUCCUCAUGAAGUCUACUAAUCAGGCCUUUUUAGAGAUGGCUUACACAGAAGCUGCCCAGGCCAUGGUCCAGUAUUACCAGGAGAAAUCUGCUGUGAUCAAUGGUGAGAAGUUGCUCAUUCGGAUGUCCAAGAGAUACAAGGAGUUGCAGCUGAAGAAACCUGGGAAAACAGUGGCCGCCAUCAUCCAGGACAUGCAUUCCCAGAGGGAGAGGGACAUGUUCCGGGAAGCAGACAGAUACGGCCCAGAAAGGCCACGGUCUCGCAGCCCGGUGAGCCGGUCGCUGUCCCCGAGGUCCCACACGCCGAGCUUCACCUCCUGCAGCUCUUCCCACAGCCCUCUGGGCCCCACCCGCGCCGACUGGGGCAACGGCCGGGACUCGUGGGAGCACUCGCCCUAUGCCAGGAGGGAGGAAGAGCGAGAUCCGGGCCCCUGGAGGGAGAACGGGGAGGACAAGAGGGACGUGUGGGCACAUGAUCGCAAACACUACCCCUGGCAGCUGGACAAGGCGGACUUAGACGAGCGGCUGGAAGGAGGGAGGGGCCACCGAGAAAAACACCCGAGGCCGGGCUCCCCCAGCCCGCUGCACUCCACCUCUGGCUACAAGAGCCGGGAAGACAGCUACUACCGGAAGGAGCCCAAAGGCAAACCGGACAAGUAUGUAAAGCAGCAGCAGGAAGGACCCGGGAGGUCCAGGAGGAAGGAGGAGGCCAGGCUGCGGGACACCAGACACCCCUACCCCGAGGACUCGGGCAAGGAAGACGGGCUGGAGCCGAAGGUCACUAGGGCCCCUGAGAGCGUCAAGUCUAAGCAGAGUGAGAAAAACAGAACCAAGAGACCUGAUAGAGACCAAGAAGGAGCUGAUGAUAGACAAGAAAGCAGCGUGGCGGGGAAUGAGGUAACGAUGCAAUCUCUUCCCCAGGCUGGAAGAGAGGACCAGGAGGACAUGGAAGAAAGCACCGCAGUAGCAGGCAGGCAGGAGAAAGAAACCGAGUACUCUGAUGCAGAAAACACAAGGACAAAGGAACAAGACUGGGAGAGUGGAAGCGAGGCAGAAGGGGAGAGCUGGUAUCCCACUAACAUGGAGGAACUGGUGACAGUGGAUGAGGUUGGGGAAGAGGAAGAUUUUAUCAUGGAACCCGACAUCCCAGACCUGGACGAAAUUGUGCCCAUUGACCAGAAGGACAAAAUCUGCCCAGAAAUAAGUCCCUGUGUGACGCCCACCUUAGACCUGGACAUAACCAAGGAUUUCACCAACGAGGGAGUGAAGCCUGUAGGUAACGGGGCUACGGAAAUCAGCCUCAAGUCACCCAAAGAUCUGCCUUCUGCUUCUACGAGCUGUCCCAGUGACAUGGACGUGGAAAUGCCUGGCCUAAAUCUGGACACUGAGCGCAAGCCAGCUGAACGUAAGACAGGCCUCUCACUGGAGGGUUCAGAUUGCUACGAGAAGCAGGCAAAGGGAGGGGAGAGCUCUGAUGUUCAUCCGGCCCCUCCACUCCAGCAAAUGUCUUCCCCCAAGCCAGCAGAGGAGGGGGCCCGGCAGCCUAGCCCACCUUUCGAUGACCGCAAGGCCGGGGGGACCCCCGAAGAUGGGGCUUGUGAAGGCGGCCCCCCGGAGGGGAAAGCCAGCCCCUGCACCGAAACUGACCUCCAAAGCCAGGCUUGCCAAGGAGUGUCGGCCCAGGAAAACUCCAGGUAUGUGGAAAUGAAAUCUCUGGACGUGAGGUCACCGGAAUACGCGGAAGUGGAGCUGAAACAGCCCCUCUCGCUGCCUUCCUGGGAGCCUGAGGAUGUGUUCAGUGAACUUAGCAUUCCCCUAGGGGUGGAGUUCGUGGUGCCCAGGACUGGCUUUUACUGCAAGCUGUGCGGACUCUUCUACACGAGCGAGGAGAUGGCGAAAGUAAACCACUGCCGCAGCGCUGUCCACUACAGGAACUUACAGGGUAGUUGGACUGUACUGUGUUCUGGGCUUAUGGGCCAAACCCCCAGGCUGCCUUACCUCCCCACGGCAUGCCAGAGCCAUUCCUGCGGUCCCCAGAAGUACUUGUCCCAGCUCGCCGAGGAGGGCCUCAAGGAGACCGAGGGGGCAGGCAGCCCGAGGCCUGACGACAGCGGAAUCGUGCCUCACUUUGAGAGGAAGAAGCUCUAGGCCUCUGGCGGCUUCAGCCGGGAGAGGACGGCCUUCUGAGGCGGGGCCUUCCUGACCCCCUGGACAGGAGCUGAAGCCCGAGAGGAAGGCAAACGAGGCCAUUGGGGCUUGUUCUCAGAGACUCAUGAAAUCACCCCUGAGGUGUCUCCCUGGUGAGAGCUGUCACCCGGUGUGUCCAGCCGCCGAGGGCCACCCUCUCUCUCCCGAUGAUUCUUGUUUCCUUCAACUUGUUUCUCUCUUCUUCCGCCUCCUCCAUCUCUCUCACCUUCUGUGCCAAGGGUCACUUAUUUUUUAUAAAACACAACUCAGGGAUUUUCACAGUGCUCAAAUUCUUGAUGGCCAGCCGGAUCCAACGAGCAGGAGCUGUCACAGAAACCCCUGGGUCAAGAGCCACUUCGGGGAGCCUGGAGGCUGCUGUCUGCCUGGCGGCCUGAGCAGGGGGAGCUGAGUUGGGCCCUGCAGUCCUGGGGUGGGGGGAGGGCACCCGAGACCAUCAUUCGUUGGCGGGAGCCAGGAGUUUCUACAGCAGGACCGCUUUUCCAAAAAGCCCCCAGUUUUAAUAACUCUUCCAUCCUCUCAACUAUUCAACAAGUCCAUCAGAUUCAUGCCUUAAAAUAAAGUUAGUCAACUUCACAGAGGAGGAAAAGAGCUCUUUGUUUUGGAACCUCUAAGUUCCCCCCCAAAGUUAGGUCCGCCCUCAGGAUUGCAGGAGGUGCCAGGGGUCACUGUGUUCCAGACAACGAAUAUGUAGAUUCACGUCAAUAAAAAAUGAAAACAGUAGUGUCUUUUCCCUUCAGCCCAGACAGUAGGUGGGUCAGAAGCUGGCCUCCCAGCCACGUGUCCUGUUGCUCGAGACACACAAUGACAAGGAAAUGGUAUCUUGUCUUUGGCUCGCUCUUGGUGCCUGUGCUCUGGGCUCCAGCAGCCUCAGUGGGACGGCUUCUAAAAUGGUCUCUUGGGGUCAGGGGGAGGAGGAAGAAGCUAAGGUAAGAACAAGACGGCAGGACUGAAGAGCAGCAUUUCAGGAUUGCCAGGUAUUUAUAGGUAGGCAGGAGGUCAAGGGCAUUUCAGAGGACCCCGUGUGCAGACUUUGAUGUUGAGUGUUAUGAAGAAUAGAACUCUUCUUUCUCCAAGGUUUUCAGAUACUGGAGGUCAGUGCCUUUAGGCCCCAGAUUGGAGGGUCUGAUGUUCCAGCGUGAGCAUUUGGGACAGAGGUGCUGGGGGAGAGGCUUGGCCAUAGCCAUAGGGAAGACCUCCAGAAGGUCAGGGGGGAGCCUUGUCCCAUUUCCACAAGCCGAGCUACUGCCCUGGCUCGGGCCCUGGAAGAUGGUUCCCGUGUUUCUGUUCCUGACCACAGAGAGAGAGACUAGGAAGGGAUCGUUUGUUUUCUAUUAUUUUUUGCAAUUUUUAUAGUAGGUGACAUUUUUUUUUAAUGGUAGAUACUAUGUAUACUGCACAUUCUGUCCUCUGCAUUGAUGGUGAAAGAAUUGAAUAUUAUCUGAGUUUGACACUGACAUUUUAUCAGUAAGACUGAGGCACAGAGAAGAAGGAAAUGUUGCCCAUAAAAUGAUCCUGCAUAAAUCUUGGGGCACGUGGUCACUGGGGAGGAGGGGGUUGCGGGGAAUCUGUCAAAGAGAACAGCGAAGGCAAGUCCAGGAGGCAGACCAGCCAGCCGGGGCACGUGCAGUGAGAAGCUGGAGGAAGCGGGAAGUCUGACCUUGGCAUUAGGCCACCUGGGGUCCCCAGAAAGGUUGGGGUCUCGAAGAGAGUGGGCUCUGGAGAUGGUGGCUCAGCUCCAGCUGCCUCCACGGGUUUCUACCUGGUGUUCUAGAACCAGCCACCUCCAUUUCUGGGAAAACCCCUGACCCUGUUUGUCUGUCUUCCCACAUGGGGGAUGACUAGGGUCGGCUCCCUGGCCUCCCUGGGAACCUUGCUGAGAAAAGUCUACCACCUCCAUCAUAGGCUGGGACUGAGCAUUUUCAGAAAGGCUGGCAGUCUUUUCUCCCAGCAAAGUGGAAGCUGACGCCACCAGCUAGCUCAUCCCCGCAAAACUGUUUCCAUGGAAAUCAGGAUGGCUGUUCAAACAGCUUCUUUCCCAAGUAGUGCAAUGGCUCCCUUGCUGAUAGACUGACCUCCAGAUUGCAAAUCUGGCAAGAGCCCCUAGGAGGGAGAGAGGAGAGGCUCUCUGCAUUUAAUCAGAACCUUCAGUCUAAAAAUCAUCUAAGAUUCUGUAUUUGUGUAUAUAUGUAUAUUUAUUUCUAUUUAUUUUUAUACAAUUCCAUUGGCAUGGUCCUUCACCCACUCUAUAAUUUGCACUUCUUGCUCCGAUAUGUGACACACAAGGCAGUAUUAAAGAAAGCCAGGAAAAUACUGAUGUAUUUUUUUAAAGCUUUUCUUCAGUGUUUGUCAAACAUUUCAAAGUGUCUCCCCAAAAAGCUUGUGUAAGAGUAGCUGCUGCCUUGAGCAACAGAUUCAUUUGUACCCUGGGUUAAGAUAACAAAAGGCCUAUGUAAUUCUCUUUUCAUUAUUAACACCCAAAAUAAAGUAUAUCCAGACGGUAUUCCCAAAGAAUUUGGUAGAUUUGGUGUUGGUGUGAGAACAGCCAUUGCUAUCCAAUUUCCCUUUCUUGGACAAGUCUAAGGCUGUGAUCUGUUAGAUUAUACUUGAACUGGACCAGAGUUUGUUUUUUGAGCUUAUGAGAAAAAGAAAAACACUAGUUAAUUUAAGUUUGAACUUGUAAAAUACUGGAAUUUGUUGAGUGUCUUAUAAAUGGUCAUCACUUUUCCUGAUCUGUAUAGUUGACCGUCAUGUUUGUUUUUACAAAAAGAAAAGAAAAGAUUUUUAAUAAAGAGAAUUUGAAAGCUUG